CCUUAGUCUUCACUCCAUCUUUAUAAUUUUUUUUCUUCAAAAAAAAAAGAAAGUCUUCUCCUUUUCACUUUUACACCACAAAGAAAGCAACAACAACUCAAAGGAAAAAAGAUAAGGACAACCUUGUACCAGAAUAAACAUCAUGAACCAUCAGAUUAUAGAAGAUGACAAUAUGGUACUCAUUUCCCAGUACUAUCCUGAUAUUUACACCCAACUUGUACCACAACAAGGAGAGUCAAAGCCGCGGAGAAGAAGACGUAAGAAAAAUAAAUUAGGAGAAGGGAGUGGGAGUGAUCAGAUGAUGAUGAUGAGGAAGAGGAAGUUGAGUGAAGAACAAGUUAAUUUUCUUGAGCAAAGUUUUGAGGACGAGCACAAACUUGAGUCAGAGAGAAAGGACAAGCUAGCCACUGAGCUAGGGCUCGACCCUAGACAAGUUGCGGUGUGGUUCCAGAACAGGAGGGCUCGUUGGAAGAGCAAGAAGCUAGAGGAGGAAUAUUCCAAGUUGAAAUCUGAACAUGACAACAAUGUUGUUGAGAAGUGUCGUCUUGAAACUGAGGUAUUGAGGUUGAAGGAACAAUUGAAUGAAUCAGAGAAGGAGAUAAAAAGGCUAUUAUUAGAGCGAUGUGAUGGGGUAUCGAGUAAUUACACAAGUCCAAGUGCUUCAUCUUUCUCAAUGGAAGCACCAUUUCUAGGGGAAUUUGGAAUGGAGGCAUUGGAUAAUGUGUUCUAUGCACAAGAGAAUAAUUAUGUUCAAGGAUUAGAUUGGGUGAACCUAUAUAUUUGAUAUAAUUAUAAAAUUAUCAUGUGAUUAAUUUCUAAUUUUAGGAUCCCAUAAUUCUAUUUGUAGAUAAGUAACCCCACUAUAACGUACUAAUGUAUGUAAAUAUAUCUUUUUUUCCUUGCUUUUUUUCUAGACUAGUGUGGUAAUUAGGGUUACUAGUAUUUGACUAUCUAGCUAGCAAGUAGCAAGAUGGAAUAUAACUUGGAUUUUU